AUGAGUAUCCGGACCCCACCCACACUCCUGAGGCUGGCAGGAAGGAGCCUGCUGAGGGACCAGGCCUCAGCCAUCGCAGCUCUGGAGCACCUGCCUGCUGAGCUCUUCCCGCCGCUCUUCAUUCAGGCCUGCCGGAGGAGAAAGCGGAAGCCCCUGAAGGCCAUGGUACAUGCCUGGCCCUUCGCCGUCCUCCCUCUGGGCUGCCUGUCACAGUUGUCCCCGGACAAGGUCUUAAAAGCCGUGUUGGAUGGGCUUGACGUUCUGCUUGCCCAGGAGGUUCGGCCCAGGAGGUGGAAACUGCGGGUGCUGGAUUUAAGGAACUCGGGUGCCAACUUCUGGAGAAUGUGGUGUGGAGACAGCACCCAGAAUUGCUCACCGACGGAACCAGUGGCCGUGCACAGCUCCAGCCCCCACAUGCAGCACCCCUUGGCUCCCUUGGAGGUGUUCCUAGACCUUCACUUCAAUGAAAGGGACGGGGAUGAGUUUCUCAUGUACAUCAUCCAAUGGGCCCGGCAGAGGGAAGGGCUGCUACACCUGUGCUGCAAGGCGCUGAGGAUUUCUGAGGUGCCCUUCCAGAGGGUCAGGAGGGUCCUGGAUGGGGUGCAGCUGGACUGCAUCCAGGAGAUGAUCAGGCUGAGGCACCUCCGGGACCUCAACAUGGAUUCUCCCUCCUUCCUCCGAGGCCGCCUGGACCAGAUGCUCAGGUGCCUGCAGACCCCCUUGGACAAACUCUCCGUAACAAAUUGCCAGCGGCUGACGCAUUCAGACCUGACACACCUGUUCCAGUGCCCGAACCUCAGGCAGCUGAAGUCCCUGCAUCUAUUUGGCCUCAGCCUCGCGGAUUUUAGUCUUGAGCCCCUCCGAGCUCUGCUGGAGGCAGUGGCACCCACACUCGAGGACUUGGGUCUGGAUAACUGUGGGAUGGUGGACUCCCAAGUUGAGGCCAUCCUGCUUGUCCUGAGCCGCUGUCACCAGCUCAGGGUCUUCACCAUCUCUGAGAACAACUUUUCCGUGGCCACCGUGGAGAAGCUGCUGCGCCACACAGCCGGGCUGCGCAGUUUAGAGCUCGAGCUGUACCCCGUCCCCCUGGAGUGUUACAGGAUCCAGGGGACUGUCAACAAGGAGAGACUUGCGCUGAUCCGGGCUGAGCUCAUGGGGGUAUUGAGGGAGUUAGGAUGUCCCAGGACCAUCUGUCUUGGCAAAUGUGGCAACAGUAAAGUUUACGACGUGGAGUUUUCAUGA